CCAGCACCUCCAGAUCCAGCGACACAGAACCCAGGCAUUCCCUGCUUCGCAUCACCCCGCGACACAGGCGGGACCCCAUUUCCGUUCUGAAUCCCUGACACGGGACCGCCCAGGACUGCGCAGCAGGACGCAGCAGGUCUGGGGACCAGGGCUGUUGAUUUGGGCGGCACCUGCGAAGGGCUGUGUAACUUCUCCAGGCCUCCUGCCACUUUGGAAACUGCCUGGGACUGCGACAGCAACCCCUUAAGCCCCGCGGGGCGAGAGAGGGUGGGUUGGUUUGAAAGACACAAGGGAAAAAAAAUGUGUUGUGGGGCGGGUUUAGUUUCCCACCCUCUUCCCUUUCCCCGAGCAAAUUAAAAACAAAACAAAUAGAAAAGCCAGCCGGCCAGCCAACCAAAGCCCCAAGCCGAGCCCCAGCCGAAGCACUCCUUUAAAAGGAUUUGCAGCGGUGAGGAAAAAACCAGAUCGGACCGAGGAAUCCUGCUGCAAACUCAGGUGUACAUCUCUGAAGUAAGAUGAUUUGUCAGAAAUUCUAUGUGGCUUUGUUACACUGGGAAUUUCUUUAUGGGAUAGCUGCACUUCACCUGUCAUAUCCAGCUGCUCCCUGGAGAUUUAAGUUGUUUUGUGCACCACCAAACACAACAGGGGACGCCUUUCUCUCACCUGCCGGAAUCCCAAAGAGUGCUUCGGCUUUGAGUGGGGGUUAUGAAGCAGAUGUCGAAGCUAGCUUUAAUGCAAGUGGUGUCUACGUGUCUGAGUCAUCCCAAACCGUUUUCCACUGUUGCUUUGGGACUGAGCUAGGUACAAAUUGCUCUGUGCUAGCAAGUAAAACCGAAGGGAAGAUGCUGGCUUCAACAGUAAAGGCUUUAGUCUUUCGCCAGCUAGGUGUAAACUGGGACAUCGAGUGCUGGAUGAAAGGGGACUUGACCUUAUUCAGUUGUCACAUGGAGCCGUUGCUUAAGAACCCCCUCAAGAAUUAUGACUCUAAGGUCCAUCUUUUAUAUGAUCUGCCUGAAGUCACAGAUGAUUUGUCCCGGGCCCCCUCGAGAGACAGUUUCCAGGCCCUGCAGUGCAACUGCAGUGUUCGGGGCUGUGACUGCGAUGUGCCAGUGCCAAGAGCCAAACUCAACCACUCUCUUCUGAUGUAUUUGGAAAUGACAUCUGCCAGUGUCACUUUUCAGUCCCCUCUGAUGUCAGUGCAGCCCUCACUUGUUGUGAAGCCUGAUCCACCGAUAGGUUUGCAUAUGGAAAUCACAGAUGAUGGUAAUUUAAAGAUUUCUUGGGACAGCCCAACAGAGGCCCCGUUUCCACUUCAAUAUCAAGUGAAAUAUUCAGAGAAUUCUACAGUUACAAGAGAGGUUACUGAAGUUGUUUCGACUCCGUCCCUUCUGGUGCACUGUGUGCUUCCGGGAUCUUCUUACCAAGUUCAGGUGCGGAGCAAGAGGCUGGACGACUCAGGAAUCUGGAGUGACUGGAGUUUGCCUCGAAUCUUUUCCAUACAAGAUGUCAUGUAUUUUCCACCCAAAAUUCUGGCAAGUGUCGGAUCGAACGCUUCCUUCCAUUGCAUCUACAAGAAUGAAAACCAAAUUAUUUCCUCCAAACAGAUAGUUUGGUGGAUGAAUCUAGCCGAGAAAAUCCCUGAAAUCCAGUAUAGCGCGGUGAAUGACCGUGUUAGCAAAGUUACUUUUUCCAACUUGAAAGCCACCAGACCCCGCGGGAAGUUUGCCUAUGACGCAGUGUACUGCUGCAGUGGGCAGGAGUGCCACCAUCGCUACGCUGAGUUAUAUGUGAUCGAUGUCAAUAUCAAUAUAUCAUGUGAAACUGACGGGUACUUAACUAAAAUGACUUGCAGAUGGUCACCCAGCACAAUCCAAUCCCUUGUGGGAAGCACUGUGCAGUUGAGGUAUCACAGGAGCAGCCUGUAUUGUUCUGAUAGUCCAUCUAUUCAUCCUGCAUCUGAGCCCAAAAAUUGCAUCUUGCAGAGGGAUGGAUUUUAUGAAUGUGUUUUCCAGCCGAUCUUUCUAUUAUCUGGCUACACAAUGUGGAUCAGGAUCAACCAUUCUUUAGGCUCACUUGACUCUCCACCCACGUGUGUCCUUCCUGACUCUGUAGUAAAACCACUACCUCCAUCUAGUGUGAAAGCAGAGAUUACUAUAAACAUUGGAUUAUUAAAAGUAUCUUGGGAAAAGCCUGUCUUUCCGGAGAAUAAUCUUCAGUUCCAGAUUCGAUAUGGCUUAAAUGGAAAAGACAUACAAUGGAAGACGCACGAUGUAUUUGAUGCAAAAGCAAAGUCUGCCAGCCUGCCGGUGCUGGACCUCUGUGCUGUCUACGUGGUACAGGUGCGCUGCAGGCGGCUGGAUGGAUUUGGGUACUGGAGUAAUUGGAGCAGGCCCGCCUACACGCUUGUCAUGGAUGUAAAAGUUCCUAUGAGAGGACCUGAAUUCUGGAGAAUAAUGCAUGGGGAUGUUACUAAAAGAGAGAGAAAUGUCACCUUGCUUUGGAAGCCCCUGAUGAAAAACGACUCCCUGUGCAGUGUGAGGAGGUAUGUGGUCCAGCAUCGUACUGCCCACAACGGGACGUGGUCAGAAGAUGCAGGAGAUCAGACCAAUCUCACCUUCCUGUGGGCAGAGCAAGCGCAUACGGUUACCGUUCUAGCCGUCAAUUCCAUCGGUGCUUCGCUCGCAAAUUUUAAUCUAACGUUUUCAUGGCUGAUGAGUAAAGUGAGUGCCGUGCAGUCACUCAGUGCUUACCCCCUCAGCAGCAACUGUGUGAUCGUUUCCUGGACGCUGGCACCCGGGGAUUACAACCUAAUAUACCUGGUUAUUGAAUGGAAGAAUCUUAAUGAAGACGACGGAAUGAAAUGGCUUCGGAUCCCUUCGAAUGUUAGGAAGUAUUACAUCCACGAUAACUUUAUUCCCAUUGAGAAAUAUCAGUUUAGUCUUUACCCAGUAUUUAUGGAAGGAGUUGGAAAACCAAAGAUAAUUAAUGGUUUCACCCAAGAUGGUGUGGACAAGCAGCAGAGUGAUGCAGGGCUCUAUGUGAUUGUGCCCAUAAUUAUUUCCUCUUGUGUCCUGCUUCUCGGAACACUGUUAAUCUCACACCAGAGAAUGAAAAAGCUGUUUUGGGAAGACGUUCCAAACCCCAAGAAUUGUUCCUGGGCACAAGGACUUAAUUUCCAAAAGCCAGAAACAUUUGAGCAUCUUUUCACCAAGCAUGCAGAGUCAGUGAUAUUUGGUCCUCUUCUUCUGGAGCCUGAACCCAUUUCAGAAGAAAUCAGCGUUGAUCCAGCUUGGAAAAAUAAAGAUGAGAUGGUACCAGCAGCUAUGGUCUCGCUUCUUCUGACCACUCCAGAUCCUGAGAGGGGUUCUAUUUGUAUUAGUGACCAGUGUAACAGUGCCCCCUUCUCUGGGUCUCCAAGCACCCAGGUAACCUGUGAGGAUGAGUGUCAGAGACAACCCUCAGUGAAAUAUGCAACCCUCGUCAGCCACUCGAAAACGGUUGAAACCGAGGAAGAGCAAGAGCUUCUACACGGUUCUGUCAGCAAGAGCAUCUCCAGCGAACACUCCCCACUGAGAGUGUCUUUCCCUAGCAGCUCCUGGGAGAUAGAGGCCCAGGCGUUUUUCCUAUUAUCAGAUCAGCAACCCAACACGAUUUCACCGCCAGUUUCAUCUUCGGGGUUGGAUGAACUUUUGGAACUGGAAGGGAAUUUCCCUGAAGAAGAUUCGAGUGAGAAGUCUAUCUAUUAUUUAGGGGUCACCUCCAUCAAAAAAAGAGAGACUGAUAUGUUUUUGACUGACGAUUCAGGAGUAUUGUGCCCAUUCCCAGCCCACUGUCUGUUUAGUGACAUCCGAAUCCUCCAGGAGAGUUGCUCACACUUCGUAGAAAAUAACUUGAAUUUAGGAACUUCUGCUAAGAAGACCUUCGUACCUUACAUGCCGCAAUUUCAAACCUGUUCCGCUCACAGUCAUAAGAUAAUGGAGACUAAGAUGCGCGACCUCACUGUGUAAUCUCAUUCAAGCAGUCUCUAGUGUUGUGUGCCCGUAGAGCCUAUCAUGUGUAAUAUAUUCUUUUAUUGUUGUGGAUGUGGGAGUCAAGUGUCAGAGUCUAGUGUGAAAAUGAUUGUUUUCAAAUUAAUUGUGCCUAUCUUCUCUCACUAACACAGACAAAACACAGAAGGAAGCCUUCAUGAGUCUAGCCAUGUAGAUGGACUCUCAUUGAAUAUACUGUCAAGCUAGACUGGGGUGGUCUCUUAUUUCUAAGAUCCCUGAGAUAUAAUUGUCUCAAGGGUGUUUCUUUUUGCCUCACCUUGAAUUGUCUUGUGUUGUGCAAAUUCACACAUGUGCACCUGCACAUUUAAACUGGCCAGGUGUCCUUGUGUGCUUCGGAAGUAUGUGACAUGUUUGUACUUUGUGCCACCCGACUGUGUUCUUUGAAUUCUCCUGCCAUUAAAUGUUGAAUAUAAUUAGAGAAUUGAACCCUACUCUAAGAAGUUACACUUUUGAAGAGGGACGGGUUAGCUCGUCACGUUGCAGCAAAGCCAGGAUCCACGACAAAGGAUGCAAGUUUCUGUUAGAAUGACACUUUCGUCACCAGCAGUGUGAGCAGUGUGGAGAGCUGGAUGCCAGCCUCAACUAGAGUGCCCAGGAGUGAUUGUUUUCUGAGGGAUUGCCACAUGCCACUGCAUGCCUCUCUAGAGUCACCAUCGUUCCCUGUCUCCACCAGGUUGCUAGUUCUCCCCGCAUUGGCUAUCACUAGAUAAAGCAACCACUGUACUCUACGGUUGCAUACUUUAACUUGCUGACUGCAAUGAUUGCACUAGGGACACACUCCACAUUUUCUCUGUAUCAUUAUCCCCCUGCCAAGGAUAAGGCCAUAAAGUCAUUUGCCCAAAGUCCCAGACUUAAUGAUCGAUGGAACCAGAAUUCAGAUUUAGUUCACACCCUUUAAAUGCUACUGACUGAGUUUUAGACCUAGCUCUUACAUUGCCAUGCUUUGAAAUCAAAACAACUGAUCUUAUCAAAGAAGACCCAGUGAGAGGAAACAGGGUGAUGGUUGAAUAAUUGAGACCUAGUCUUGGACUUGAAAACCGAUGUGGGGAUGUAUUGUUUAUUUCAGUGUUCGGUGUAGCAAGAUGACUCAAAGACAGCCUAGCAAACAAAAAGUCAGGUUAAAAAAAAAAAACCCUGCACGUUCAGGUGUCCACUAUCAAGAAGAAUUCCAAGAGUAUCAGUAUCGUCAGAGUGAAUACAUUAGUGUUAACGACAUGCUUACGUACUGCUAAGUGUCAGCAGCCUUUCACGCUGACCUGAGACUGGGGUGUUGGUUUUACCAUCAACCUAAGUAGAUCCUGUCCUGCCAUAGCUUCAUGAUGAGCAGUUCUAAGUGAUAAGACAGAUCCUUCACCGUAAUUAGAUUUUUUCCCCCAGACUUCAUGUUCAAUGAAACUGUCAGAUGCCAUGAAUUAGCAAAAUGGCCCAGGAUCCUACCGUCAGCUGAUGCCUGUUUUGGCAUGAGAAGGCAGAAGAGCACAGUUGGUGUUCUGUGCAAAGAUACAGGAAAAUUUUUGUUUCUACUGGUUUUCAGUAAUAAAUUAUUGCAUGUUGAAAUUGACCUACCUAUCACUUUUAAUAUUUAUCUAUUGCUAAAGCCUAUUAAUUGAAGGUACAGUAUAGGAGAGAUGCGAAAUUUAAAAGUUUUCCCACUCAGUGGGAAAUUAACCACUGGGCAUGUCUGCUGUGAUAGCAUGGGAUUGGGCUUUCUGGGCCCAGAUCAGUGUGUAAGAGAAACCAAUGGGUAUUUUCUUCAGCUCAGGAGCAAAAAUGGUGUGUGAGUGCCAGUGAAUUCAUAGAUCCAACAGUCAUUGAAAUGCUGCGGAUUUGAGCUAGAAGAGUCUAGGAACAGCAAAUGAAUGUGAGCGCAUUGUUACUGUGCACAUUUGAGUUAGAAGAGUCUAGGAAGAGCAUAGGAAUGUGAGCUCAUUGCUGUGCUGAGAUGAGUUUCCUUCUAAAAACAGAAAUCACGUCGGAAAGUCUGACUGACAUUUGCCGUCAUAGUCAGAGCAGGCUUUGGUUUAUGGGUACCCACAGAAUAAUGUCAAGUUUAUUGCCAGUGACUUGGGUUCUGAUUUCCACUUGUGAAAGAUGAUUUCACUAUUGCUACAUGCUAGUCACUGGGUCCUUGUGAAAACUGUUACUAAAUCAAGUUUUGUAAAAUUUAAGGAAAAUAUGUGAUAUUUGAUAACCCAGAAUAAUCCCACUUUUCUUUCCAAGGCUCCUAUAAAUGUUUAAGGGAUCAAGAAGUUCAAUAUGAAUGUUGGAGUUUUGUUUUUCAGUAGUUUUUGAACUUAUCUUUGGUGUUUGGAGUUAACCCCAAGCAUCACGCCAGUCUGCCAAGAGCUCUAAUUCACUGAGAAACAACUUCCAAACUCGACCUCUAAAAUCUUGUGAUGAAAUUGGAUGGUGGGGGCGCAUGCCUGUCAUUCCAGACCUCGUGAGGCAGAGGCAGGCAAAUCUCUGAGUUCGAGAUCAGCCUGGUCUACAGAGUGAGUUCCAGGACAACCAGAGCUACACAGAAAGACUCUGUCUUGAAAAAACAACCAAACAAGCAAAUAAACAAGCAAAAAGCAAGCCGGGCGGUGGUGGCGCACGCCUUUAAUCCAAGCACUCGGGAGGCAGAGGU